ACUACAAUAAAAGUUAAACCCGUCCAAAAAAGAUGUUUUCAUACUACAAUCAGUAUACUCAAAUUUAUAUAUAUACUCAACCUCUGGAGUUUUAAUUAACAGGCACCUAAAAGUCUAUACCCUUUUAACUCAAUCUUUUUCAAAAAUAUUCCUCUAUUUUUCCUUCUUCGAAUUAGUCUCAAAAAGAUGGAUCCAAAGCAAGUAGGAGAUACAAUUUUCCGAUCAAAGCUUCCUGAUAUAUACAUCCCUAAUCAUCUUCCUUUACAUUCUUAUUGCUUUCAAAACAUUUCAGAAUUUAGCUAUCGUCCUUGUUUGAUCAAUGGAUCCAACGAUCAAAUUUAUACCUAUGCUGAUGUUGAGCUCACUUCAAGGAAAGUUGCAGCUGGCCUUAACGAGUUAAAGAUCCAACAAAAGGACACUAUAAUGAUCCUCUUGCCUAAUUCUCCAGAAUUUGUAUUCUUCUUCUUAGGUGCAUCAUAUGUUGGAGCUAUUUCCACAAUGGCAAAUCCUAUGUUCACACAAGCAGAGGUGGUGAAACAAGCCAAGGCCUCAAAGGCCAAGCUCAUUAUCACACAAGAAUGUAAUUUGGACAAAGUGAAGGACUAUGCAUUUGAGAAUGAUGUGAAGGUCAUUUGCAUUGACGAGUCAUCGGGGGACUUGCCCGAGGGCUGCUUACACUUCUCCAACCUAAUUUUAAAUUCUGUAUUCGCCUCAGAACACGACCCGCCCGAGGUAGAAAUCCAGCCGGACGACGUGGUGGCACUUCCGUACUCGUCGGGGACUACGGGGCUACCAAAAGGGGUUAUGUUGACACAUAAGGGGCUAGUCACUAGCGUGGCACAACAAGUUGAUGGUGAAAAUCCAACUUUGUACCUUCAUAGUGAAGAUGUGAUACUUUGUAUCUCGCCCUUGUUUCAUAUUUAUUCCUUGGUCUCUAUUUUGCUUUGUGGAUUGAGGGUUGGAGCAGCUAUCUUGAUAAUGCAGAAGUUUGAUAUUGUUUCAUUCUUUGAGUUGGUAGAGAAGUACAAAGUUACUAUUGGACCCUUUGUUCCACCUAUUGUUUUGGCCAUUUCUAAGAGUCCAGUAGUUGAUAACUAUGACCUUUCAUCAGUACGGAGAGUCAUGUGUGGGGCAGCACCAUUAGGAAAGGGGCUUGAAGACGCAGUUCGAACCAAAUUUCCUCAUGCAAAAUUUGGUCAGGGUUACGGAAUGACGGAGGCGGGUGCACCGAUGUCAAUGUGCUUGGCAUUCGCAAAAGAACCGUUUGAGAUAAAAUCAGGGGCAUGUGGAACUGUUAUAAGGAACGCAGAAAUGAAAAUUGUGGAUCCAGACACUGGUAUCUCUCUUCCUCGAAACAAACCUGGAGAGAUUUGCAUAAGAGGCGAUCAGAUUAUGAAAGGUUAUCUGAAUGACCCUGAGGCAACUGCACGAACAAUAGACAAAGAAGGAUGGCUACAUAGUGGUGAUAUAGGCUACAUUGACGAAGAUGACGAGCUUUUCAUUAUGGAUCGAUUGAAGGAAUUGAUAAAAUACAAAGGUUUUCAAGUGGCCCCUGCUGAGCUUGAAGCACUUCUCCUCAAUCUUCCCGAUAUUUCAGAUGUUGCUGUUAUACCUAUGAAAGAUGAGGAAGCAGGGGAAGUUCCAGUGGCUUUUGUUGUUAGAUCUAAUGGAUCCACCAUUACAGAGCACGAAAUCAAAGAUUUUAUCUAUAAGCAGGUGAUCUUUUAUAAGAGAAUAAAGAAGAUAUUUUUUGUGGAUGCAAUUCCUAAAUCUCCAUCAGGCAAAAUACUUCGGAAGGACUUGAAAGCCAGACUGGCUGUUGGGCUUCUUAAAUAACACUUUUGGCUUUGGGCUCUAUGGUAUUAGUAUUACUACGAGGAAACUACAUAAAGAGCUAUGAUUUGAAACAUAAUUACUAUCAAUAGCUAUAAUGCAGUUAAUUAUGAUUCAUAGCUACUUUUUCGGUUUAGUAUGUCUAUAUCACCUAUAUGCAUUCGCUCCAACUCGAUGUAUCAAUGCAUAAAACCACGUUGGAUACAUUCAUGAUAGGUAGUAUACGUUUAUUAAGUAUCAUUGUAUCAAUGUAUACUGUAACAAUCCUCAUUGUGAUUUUUAGCUUUUCUAUAUAUUUGAUCAUGUCCUUCUCCGUA